AUGGCACAGUCUACACAAAACGACGUGAGCUCCCUGCUCCAGGAUAACAUCCGUAGUACUGUUCAGCCUGAUACUGCCACCUCCCCCACAAGUCGAACACCUUACCGCAGACAACCCUCAUGGCAGAGUUCAGGAAAACGCUACCAGCAUGUUUCUGUGGAGGAUCAUGGCAUUGCAGAAGAAGUGGCAGAAGAAGAGGAAGAUAACACCGAAGCUCGUGGUCUCGGCUUGACCAAUCUGCCAAAAAGCACUACCUCCUCAGUUGUGCGCCGUGUGCCAGUUGGUGGCCGAAGCACUCCUGAGCCAUCUGGCUUGAUAGACUCUGCUCGCUCUGAGCCCCUCAGUCAGGCUUUGACUGCGCGCAAUACCGAUGAGAUCGAUACUAGUUAUCACAAUAAGUGGCACACUCCAAGCCAUCAAUCUUCUGCUCAAUCUUUACGUGACGAACCCUACAAGCACGUCCCCUCGGAAGACAAUCUAUUGUCUCGCAAUCAUGAUCAUGAUCAUGCUCAUGACCACAUCGGCUGUUCGACGCAGCAAGGUCCUUUGAAAGAGCGAUGGUCGUGGCUUACUUGGAUUGUCAUCUUCCUCGCCAUUUACACUACCCUGCUUUCCGCAGCCUUCCUUGUCAUCGCGAUCGCCCGCCCACGAUGGGGUCACAGAAUCGGUACCAGGGGACGUAUGACCUAUAACAGUGCGACUUUUCUUAGUGCCUUUAUCUCCAAGACGAUCGAGUUAUCCUUUGCAACUACGUUCGUGGCCACACUCGGACAGAUAUUGAGCCGGAGAGCGUUCGCCAGAGAGAACCAAGCAGGCGGCGGCAUUAGCAUCGCGGAGAUGAAUAUGAGGCUAUGGAUCAUGCAGCCUGGUACACUGGUGACCCAUUUCGUUGGCGUCAAGUACGUCGCAAGGACACUCCUCGGAGUUACAGCACUGCUUGCCGCAUUCGCAGCGACUUUCUAUACUACAGCUUCAGAGGCCUUGGUUGCGCCAAAACUCAAAUAUGGACGGAAUGAAACUGUGAUACUCUUCGGGCAAGUGCGCGCUGGCUAUGCCAACUCAGUCUACCUGAGAGAACACUGCGAGACACCGAUCACUGAGCGAAUGGAUGCCGAUGCCGUUGCCCGUGGCAAUACGUGUCUGCAAUUUGACUAUGCCGGCAACGGCUUCCGUAACCUUGGCUCGUGGCGUAACAAAUGGGCUGAAAGACAGGCAUCGAGCACGAACACGGAUGGAAACUCACCGCGACCAUUACCCAUCUCGAUAUUGUUCGAGAACACAACUGUUACUGGUCAAUGGAUUAACGAUCUCUACGGCGAUAUUGAAAGACAAUCCAAGCAAUACGGGCGACUUGUUCAGAAUGUUACCAUGGCAAUGCCUCAUGCCAACGUCUACCACGCGGCAAGAGAUCAAAUGAAUCGUAUCUUGCAGCCCGAUGAUUUAUCUGGAUCAGGCGAGUAUUUUCUGCAAGCUGCCGUUCCAGCUCCGGCGCUCAAUGUUCUCUGCGUGGGAGCUGAUGAUUGGGAGGUCAAUCUCCUGGUAGGUAAUGCGAGCCACCACCCAGAGAAUUGGCCAGUAGAGACACCAUUUGACGAGUUCUUCAAUUGGAAGCAAGAAGAUCCUGUCAAGGUCGGAGGCCAGUGGGCGCCUUGGUUCGGGAAAUUACCUAUUGUCUACAACACAGUCGUGAAUCACACUGUGAAUUGGGGUUCAGAAUGGAUCUACUUACUGGGCAAACCAGAUCAAUCUACGAUCGGUCCAACCAACAAUUAUACCAUAUGCGGGGUUCGUUCGUACCAACACCUCGAUUGCAGUACCUCUCUAUGGGAGACAAAAUCAGGUGGUCAGUUGUCAGUUCAUUGUGGCAACGACAACACGAGAGUAUGGAAGAAGUACUCGGAGACUAAGAACGCCUCAGAACCGCAGGCGCAACCGCCAUCGACCGUCGACUCCAGAAAUUGGAAAGACGUGGGGAUGGAAUGGAUCAAUUCACUUUCUCUAGGUCAAGGAAUCUCGGAUGGUAAUGCAUCGAUCGCACGAUUUUUGACCCAGUCAAUCUCAAAAUAUACCAACGACACUGGGACCAAACUCAGCCCUGUCUUUCCGUCUAUUGCGGAGGGUAUCUGCCUGCUCGGCGGCUACACUCUGCUCAUGUCGUCCGAUGUAGCACCUUUUGUGCACUACUGGACAGGGGCCUCUGAUCUCGCUCCUAUCUUUGAACCCCCGCAGGCUGGAGCUUUCGAGGCUUUGCUAUCAUAUAAAGAUUAUUCUUCCGGCUACGAUGCGAAUUGGAAGGGUGUCUUCUACAUCAUUCUCAUCUCCGUCUUGGUGCUGAACGUCUUCUGUACAGCCACUCUGCUGUGGUACUUCAUCCACUAUGGUGAGGUCACAGAUUAUACCGAGCCACAAAACCUCUUCGCUCUAGCCAUCAAUUCGCCAAAGAGCUCAAUGCUCGCAGGAGCCUGCGGCGGGGGUCCAUCCGGAGAAGUUCUUGGCAAGAAGUGGUGUGUUGAGAUGAGUCGUGCGGCAGAUCACAAUCCCAACUUAUAUAGUAAUCUCAGCAGUCCACGCUCACCAUAUCGACGCAACAGUAUGCCUGACCCAUCACAUCCACACUUCUACGUUCGCUAUCCAGAAGAAGAGCCACUUAUGGACGUGGACACCGUCACGGCGAGCAAUACAACCGCUAACACACCCAACCCACAAGCACGUGAAGGCUUUUUGUCGAAAGUUGCAUCACCAAUGAAGAGAAGCAGUAAGAUAUGGAGCAGCCCACGACUCGAGAAACGCAGAAGUCGACUGUCGAUGGUUCUGAGUCCUGGUCCAGAAGCGCUGGAAGAGACCGAACUUCAGGACAAUCCUGUGGCGCAGUAUAUGAAACUAACUGGUGGAAGGACAUAG